GUUGUGGCGAGGGGUAUAAAGUGACUCUAAGAGCCGGGAAAGAGCCGGGAAGAACAGGAAGCGUGCUUGGGGCGGUGGCAUUAGCUGGCGAGGGCUCGCCUGCGGAAGACGAGGGGGCGGUGGCGGUGCAGCGGUGCCAGCCAGGAGGUGCCAGCCAGGAGCUCGGAAGGCUAAGGCAGGACGAGGACCGCCCCGGCGCGGCAGAGAUUCGGCGCGGCUCCUGCUGCUGGCUUUCUCAAGCCAGGCUUAUAGCUGGUAGAAUGAAAAAGUUUAAGAGAAGACUUUCUUUAACACUGCGUGGGAGUCAGACUAUUGAUGAGUCACUUUCUGAACUGGCUGAACAAAUGACAAUUGAAGAGAACAGCAACAAAGAUAACGAACCCAUUGUGAAGAAUGGCAGACCUCCAACAUCACACAGCAUGCACUCAUUUCUUCAUCAGUAUACAGGAUCCUUCAAAAAGCCUCCAUUACGACGACCACACAGCGUUAUAGGGGGCAGUCUGGGUUCUUUUAUGGCAAUGCCAAGAAAUGGGAGCAGAUUAGAUAUUGUACACGAAAACCUAAAAAUGGGAUCAGAUGGUGAAAGUGACCAAGCUUCUGGAACAUCAUCUGAUGAAGUUCAAUCCCCAACAGGUGUUUGUCUCAGGAACAGGAUACACAGACGGAUAUCUAUGGAGGACUUAAAUAAACGCUUGUCACUACCUGCAGACAUUAGGAUACCUGAUGGAUAUCUUGAAAAGUUUCAAAUAAACAGUCCACCAUUUGAUCAACCAAUGAGUCGACGAUCUCGUAGAGCAUCAUUGUCUGAAAUUGGAUUUGGAAAAAUGGAAACUUAUGUUAAAUUAGAAAAGCUUGGUGAGGGUACAUAUGCAACAGUAUAUAAAGGAAGAAGUAAGCUGACUGAAAAUCUAGUAGCUUUAAAAGAAAUCAGAUUAGAGCAUGAAGAGGGUGCACCGUGCACAGCUAUUAGAGAAGUGUCAUUGCUAAAAGAUCUAAAACAUGCAAAUAUUGUUACAUUACAUGAUAUUGUCCAUACAGACAAAUCAUUAACGCUUGUAUUUGAGUAUCUGGACAAAGACCUAAAGCAAUAUAUGGAUGACUGUGGGAACAUUAUGAGUGUUCAUAAUGUAAAAUUAUUUUUAUACCAGAUUCUGCGCGGUUUGGCCUAUUGUCACAGAAGAAAAGUACUACACCGGGACUUAAAACCACAAAAUCUACUAAUUAAUGAAAGAGGAGAAUUAAAGCUAGCAGACUUUGGCCUGGCUAGAGCAAAAUCUGUUCCUACAAAGACAUAUUCAAAUGAAGUUGUUACAUUGUGGUAUAGGCCUCCAGAUGUUCUUCUCGGAUCUUCUGAAUAUUCCACACAAAUUGAUAUGUGGGGAGUUGGAUGUAUAUUUUUUGAAAUGGCAUCAGGAAGACCUCUCUUUCCUGGGUCAACGGUUGAAGAUGAAUUGCACUUAAUUUUCAGACUUCUGGGAACUCCAUCACAAGAAACAUGGCCAGGCAUUACUUCCAGUGAUGAGUUUAGGAAUUACAACUUUCCCAAAUACAAGCCACAACCUUUGAUCAACCACGCUCCAAGGUUGGAUUCAGAAGGGAUUGAACUGAUAGUAAAAUUUCUUCAAUAUGAAUCAAAGAAAAGAAUAUCAGCAGAAGAGGCUAUGAAACAUGCAUAUUUCAGAAGUCUUGGAACUAGAAUACAUACUUUACCAGAAAGUGUAUCAAUAUUCACUUUGAAAGAAAUUCAGCUCCAAAAAGAUCCAGGCUUUCGAAAUUCCACUUAUCCAGAGACAGGACAUGGGAAGAACAGAAGACAAAGCAUGCUUUUCUGAGGCAGGCAGUACUGUUUCAAGCCAAGACUGGUUUUACCUCCAUCAAGGACUCUAGUUUAAAGGCAAUUCUUCCCUGGUGGACUUGAAAUCUGUUUGUCUACACUGUCCUCCUCACAGUGCAGUCUUUUUAUUUCGGACCUACUGGUUUGUUUUUUUUUAAAUAUAUAUAUGUAAAUAUAUAUAUAUAUGUAUUUGUUGUCACAAUGUGACAAAUUUUUGUACAUUUUAAGGUCUCCACCACCAUUAGAUCCAGUAGGUUACAACUGUUAAUGUAACAGUAGCUGCAAUUUUUGUGCAGGACUGAGAAACACAGUGCAUUAUUUAUUGUGUAAUCAUUGCUGCUAAAAAAACUACUGUCUGUAUAGUUAAGAGCCGAAUGCCUGAAAGAGUUGCAAUGGGUUUACUGUAUAUGCUAUGUGAAUGCCUUGUUUCUCUUCAUGAAUUAUUGCUGCAGUUUUAUAUCUUGUUUUUUCUUUAACUGCAAUUUUUCCUGGAAUGUAAACACAGCUUUCUUGACUAUAGUUACUAUUUACUUUAACACUCUCUAGUUCUUGGCCUGUAAAUUUCUUAUUUAACAUUAGAUAUGAAGUACUUAGAAUGCUACCAAAUACCUUUUUAAAGCACUUAGUAGUACAGAUAUCAGUUCAAAUUGAUGAAAAAUUAUAUGGAUCAGGUUCCAGAUCUCUUAUUUUGCUUAUAUCAGAAAUGAUAAACCACCUAUAUGUGACACUUAACUAUUAUCUCCCUUCUCUAACUUUUUCUAAUAGACUGUUAGAAUAUUUUUGAUAUUGAUAUUUCCCAAAACGUUCCAGUCAUUCAAAACAAACUGUGGGUGUGAAGCAUCCCAGCUCAAUUCUCUAAUUGCCACCUGCUUUGGUGGCUGUUUCAUGACCACGUGUUCAUUGGAAAGCCACUAAAGAAUGCAAGUCCACAAUAAAGAAUCUAUCACUUUAUUAUGCAGGCUUCCUAGAGCAGUGUUUCUCAACCUUGACAACUUGAAGUCCUGUGGACUUCAAGUUGCCAAGGUUGAGAAACACUGUCCUAGAGUAUGAGAACUUGGAGGGUUUUAAAGGCUGUAGCCGUUACCUGUUUAUUGAAAUUAAGUCAUUAUAUUACAGUACUACUAAGCUUAUGUAUCUCAGUGAGUAUCAUAAGUACCUCCUGGUGAUAGGAACAGUAUUUUUCAGCAUUUGUGUUCACCUUUUGGAACUUCUUCGUUUAGUGCAUCUUCCAGAGGCUGUAAAUCUUUAUUAGUAUAUUUUGAAAUGGUUAUGUAAAUCUUUGGCUGAUGUAUCAUGAAAAAUAUUCCUAGAUAACUUAAUUUUUUUUUCCUGAUGUUCACUGUAAAACAUUCAGGGGUCCUACCAUUUCUGUUCAGGAAAUCUUGUAAUUGAUUAUUGUUAUUUAACAGUAUUAAGUGAAAGAUUUUGUAUGUUUCUUUAACUUUAUUUGUGAAUAGUAAUUGUGGCAUGUUUUGGAAUGUUUUCUUAAUGUUUUAUUAUUAUAAUAGUAAAAUUAAUUUGAGAACUUUUUUCUGGAAAAGAAGACAAAUUUAUGUGAAAUGGUGACUAUUGGACCACUGCUGCUUUUCAGCAUUUGUAAACUGGUUUUACACUUAACGAAGCCCAGUAGAGCUAACCAAUUGCUGUUUAUUUCUAACAGAUGGACCUGUAUUAAUGCUGUACUUUUGAAAGUAUAAAUAUUAUAUCGAAAUCUUUAGUAGUGUUCAGAUAUUCUGUUGCAUCUCACCAUGCAGCUUUAAGAAAAAAUUGCAUUUCUCCCACCUUCUUGAAAUCCUGAAUCCCUCACCUUCCUGAAGCUUGCCAAAAUCAUUGAAUUGAAGAAAACUUUCCUGUCACUUUUCAGGAAAAACAAUAAAUCCUAUUUUUUAAAAGAUGGCUUCCCUUGAAGCUUGAAACUUUUCCACCGUGUAUUAUGCAUUUUUAAACUGGCCAGCUAAUCCAGUGAAAUCUGCACAAAAACUAAUUGGCAGAUGUAAUUUAGUUUUACGAAAGUACCCAGAAGAUAUAUGUGUUUUCUGUAUAAGGUUGGAAUAUACUAUUGUUUGGAAACAAUGUUUAAAUUCAACUUCCCAGAUUCAGAUAGAAAACUGCUGCUUGACAAACCAGUAAGACAUCAGUUGAAUUGGGCAUAGCAGGAAUGGAAGGAAGAAACAGGAUUUUUAAACUCUUGAAGGAACUCAGAAAUUGCCUUUUAUUCAGCAGAAUUGUGGCUAUUUCUCCUAAUAUAUUUGAACAAAGCAUUAUUACAGUUUGAAAGACUUGAUCUAUUUGCAAUUCUGAUAUACACAUCCAUUUUUUCAACUUUGCACAAAGAAGGAAUUGAGAUUCCAUUUCAUUAUUUUCCUUACAGUUCUUCACCACCUACCAUGCUAUUUAGAAAAAUCCCUUCAUUGUCUACAGCAUUCCUCCCUCCCUCCCUCCCUCUCUGAAAGAGGAAACAUUGGCAAAAAUUUCUUCCACAUUCCGUCAGCAAGAGAACUUUGAAUCCAGCUCUCAGAAUUUAGUGAAGUUUUUACCAGAAAUUCUAACACAUAGGGGUUAAAUGUUAAAUGCUUACAAAUAGAACAGAUAAACUACAAAAAAGGUCUUUAUAGCCAAUAGAAAAAUAAUUGAAAUAUACAUAACAUUACCAAAUGUUACAUUUGUUAUUUAAGAAUUUAUUGCAAAUUUCUAAUCUAUAAAUCUGAGUGUCUCACCAGCUGGACUCAAUGUUAUUCUCAUUAAUGCUACUAGAAAUGUAUGCAAUCUUUUUCUCCCCGUUAAAUAUCCUCGCAACAGCUCUGUGAGGUUGGUUUAAAUAAAUAUCUUUAAGCUAUUCCAAUGUUUACAUAUGUAAAAUGUGAAUGAAAAUAAUUAAAGAACUUUUCAAGCUUAAAUGGUA